AUGCGAGUGGCGGGACAGCUGAAAGUGAGUAACAGGCGCUCUAUUCCCUGCGCUUCAUGGUCUCCCCGCCUUCUGGCUGUGAGUGUGGGGUCCGUGGCUGGAUUCCAGUCACCUCCCAGCCGUGUUCGGCCUCUGUGCAGCUGCACUUUACUGAACAUUGGCAAGAAAGUCUUUGAGGGUAAAACCAAAGAAGUCUAUGAAUUGGUAGAUAGUCCAGGAAAAAUCCUCCUGCAGUCCAAGGACCAGAUUACAGCAGGAAAUGCAGCCAGAAAGAAUCAUCUGGAAGGAAAAGUUGCAAUCUCCAAUAAAAUUACCAGUUGUAUUUUUCAGGUGUUACAAGGAGCAGGUAUCAAAACUGCUUUCAUGAGAAAAUAUGGAGAAACAGAUUUCAUUGCGCCCCAGUGUGAAAUGAUUCCAAUUGAAUGGGUUUGUAGAAGAAUAGCAACUGGUUCUUUUCUCAAAAGAAAUCCUGGUGUCAAGGAAGGAUACAAGUUUUACCCACCAAAAGUGGCAAUGUUUUUCAAGGAUGAUGCCAAUAAUGAUCCACAAGGGUCUGAGGAACAGCUAAUUGCUGCAAAACUUUGCUUUGCUGGCAUUGUUAUAGGCCAAACUGAAGUGGAUAUCAUGAGUCAUGCUACACAAGCUAUUUUUGAAAUAUUGGAGAAAUCCUGGUUGCCUCAGAACUGUACACUGGUUGAUAUGAAGAUUGAAUUUGGUGUUGAUGUAACCACCAAAGAAAUUGUUCUUGCUGAUGUUACUGAUAAUGAUUCCUGGAGACUCUGGCCAUCAGGGGAUCGAAGCCAGCAGAAAGACAAACAGUCUUAUCAUGACCUCAAAAAAGUAACUCCUGAAGGACUCCAGAUGGUAAAAAAAAACUUUGAGUGGGUUGCAGGAAGAGUAGAGUUGCUUCUGAAGUCAGAAAGUCAGUGCAGGAUAGUGGUACUGAUGGGUUCAACUCCUGAUCUUGGCCACUGUGAAAAAAUCAAGAAGGCUUGUGGAAAUUAUGGAAUUCCCUGUAAACUUUGGGUAACAUCUGCCCAUAAAGGACCAGAUGAAACUCUGAGUAUUAAAACUGAGUAUGAAGGGGAUGGCAUUCCUACUGUAUUUGUGGCAGUGGCAGGUAGAAGCAACGAUUUGGGCCCAGUCAUGUCUGGUAACACUACAUAUUCAGUUAUCAGCUGUCCUCCCCUCACACCAGACUGGGGAGCUCAGGAUGUGUGGUCUGCACUUUGAUUACCCAGUGGUCUCAGUUGCUCCACCAUACUUUCUCCAGAAGGAUCAGCUCAGUUUGCAGCUCAGAUAUUUGGAUUAAACAACAAUUUGAUAUGGGCCAAACUGCGGGCAAGCACAUUGAGCACAUGGAUUUUCUUGAAGCAGGCUGACAGGAAAAUCAGAGAAUGCGGUUUAUAA